GUUUGGAUUGGGAUUUGGGAUUUUGGUUUCUCUUUAUGCAAGGUCUCCAGUAAAUUUUCUCUCAAUCAUUACUCUCAUUUCUCUUUUUAUCUCUCUCCAUUCAAAAUCCAAAAUCCAAAUACCAAAACGAACAAGCCAUAAGCCUCACCAGAGAGAGAGAGAGAGAGAGAGAGAGAGAGAGAGAGAGUUACUUAUUGCUACCUCCAGGAAGACAGACUUGAGCUUUUCAUUGAGCUGCUCCUUCCAUUGGCAAUCCCUGUGUGCUUGAGAGAGAGAGAUGGAAUUUACUCAACAAGGUCUCUUAGAUGAGUUACUCGCAGCUCCAAGAAGAGACACUUGGACCAACUUUCCUUCCAAUGAUGACUUCUCUAAUGGCUGGAUCUUUGAAUCUCUAGAACAUGAGAGCCAAGUUCUCUGUCCACCAAAUCCCCAAUUUCUAGGACUCACCUCACCGACAGAACCCAGCUUUUCCUUCCCUCUCCAUGGGCUCCACUACCCUUUUGCUGAAACUUUCACAGCUCCGGAAAUUGAUUCUUCAUAUGACAGUAAUGCCCCCCCUCCAAUCCCAUUUCCAACUCAAGAGCAGCACCCAUCAAUGGUGAAGAAUGAUGGAGAAUAUGGCUUUGUUGGAAGUGAUCUCCACACAUUGGAAGAUAGACUUAAUGGUAAUAAAGUUGAAAUGGAACCAACUGCAAAUACCCCAGAAUUCAACGUGGAUUUCGGCGGACAGAGAAAGAACAGAGCUAAGAAGGUUGAGGGGCAGCCCUCAAAGAACCUUAUGGCAGAAAGAAGACGGAGGAAGCGACUAAAUGACCGCCUUUUGAUGCUCAGAUCAAUCGUCCCUAAGAUAAGCAAGACGGACAGGACAUCCAUACUUAGAGAUACCAUAGACUACAUGAAAGAACUUUUGGAAAAAGUCAAAAACUUGGGGGGAGAAGAAGAUGCAAAAGGAAGUAUGAAUCAAGUGCAAUUGAUGGGCAAAUCCAAGGAGCUGAAACCCAAUGAACUACUAGUGAGGUAUUCACCAAAGUUCAAUGUAGAGAGGACAAACAGUGAGACACGGGUCAAGAUUUCUUGCGCACCAAAACCAGGAUUAGUGCUGUCAACAGUCAGUACGUUAGAAGCACUCGGCCUUGACAUCCAACAAUGUGUCAUAAGUUGUUUUAAUGAUUUUUCAGUGCAAGCUUCUUGUUCAGAGGGUAUGCAGCAGCAAGCCAUAAUAAGUUCCGAAGACAUAAAGCAAGCUUUAUUCAGGAAUGCAGGCUACGGGGGCAGAUAUCUAUAGAAAGAGAGUUGAAAACUAAAUCUGGAAAUCAUUUUUCUGAAGCCUAAGUAGAUGUAUCCUUUACAGGAUUUUGUAAGAGGGCGGCUGCAAUAAUGUUGUAAUCUAAGUGUUGCUUAUCCAAUAUGUCUAUGACCCAUUCCAUAACAUAAAAUAUGUCUAAUCUGAUCAGUUCAGGGUAUUGUUUAA